AAAGUUGCCAUUGAGCGCGUGUGGAAUCGUACUGUACAGUCGAAUAGUGGAGCGGCCAAGUGGAUGAGCGAGAAGCCAGCCGGCAUCUGCAAGAUACCGGCUCCCGAAUAGACUUUAAAUGCAUUGAAUUGACGCCUAGUCGUUCCGUUUAAGUCAACAACUGGGACGCUCUCUAGACGGGAUGCAUCGUCCCAAUGAAGACGCCGAACUUGGACGACCUCCUGCCGCCAUGUCUACAUCGCCGCUCUCCUCUUAUUUUCGCCGCUUUUCUCUUCCUCACAACUAAGAAACACAGACUUUCUUUUCAGUUGUCAUGACGGAAAUCAGCGAGAAGGAGAACGAGCCACAGCGGCGGGACCUCCAGAGACCACCGUCCACUGCGCCCAGCCAGCCAGAGUCUAAGUUGCAGCGUCUGAAGCGCUCGCUGUCCUUCAAGUCUGUGAUGCGCAGCAAGAGCGUGGACAACUUCUUCCAGCGUAGCCCCAGCGACCCGCGGCCCCCCUGCACGCUCAUCAUCGCCCCAACGCCACCCGCCUUGCCCGAGUUGCCCCUGGCCUGCGAACGCCCGCCUGUUCUUUCACCGUCCGUCAGCCCCACCUCGUCGCUGUUGCCGCGCUCGCUAUCCGUCAGUCCCGCGUUGUCCCUGAGCGCCAAAGUUGAGCCCAAGUCUUCAACCCCGCCCACGGCACCUCUCAAGACUCACUGUUUCCACGAGCACGUCUUCCGCAGGCCGGCCAGCUGCGAGCAAUGCAAACAUUUGAUCCAAGGUAACUCCAAGCAAGGUCUACGCUGCAAAGCCUGCAAGCUCGCCGCUCACCUGUGGUGCUCGUCGGAGCUGUCCCAGCAGCCCUGCAAUGGCAAGACGGGAGCUUUUAAGCGAAACUUCAGCUCGCCUCUACUAACCAACGAGUCGCUGGCCGUCGUCAGGGAGACUCCUGAGAUGCAGGAGGUGGACCCCGCCACGGUGGACCCCGUGUACGAAGCGCUGCGCUACGGGACGUCGCUGGCUCAGAUGAGUCGCUGCAGCUUCGGCAGCAUCUCCGAGUCGCCCCAUCACGAGGAUGAGAAACUCCCAGACAAGCUGGAGAAUCAGCCAAUCGCAGAAGAGGAGCCCAUUCCAGGAAUGCUCACGCCUCCUGAAAGCGAGAAGGCAGAUUCCGAAGAGCGAGUCAGCCUAAAGACUCCCAAGCGUGUGGAGGUGCACUCCAUGCACACCUACGUGGCUCUCUACAAGUUCCUGCCUCAGGAGAGCAACGACUUGGAAUUACAGCCCGGCGAUCGCGUCAAAGUGACAGAUGAUGCCAAUGAGGACUGGUGGAAGGGGAAAAGCCGCUGCAAGGUGGGAUAUUUCCCCGCCAAUUUUGUGCAGCGGGUGCGCCCCGGCGAGCGAGUGUGGAAGGUCACGGCUAGUUUCCACGGCAACCGAGACAAAGGCCAGAUGACGGUGAAAGAGGCCCAGAUCUGCGUAGGCAAGAUCGAGGAGACGGACGGUUUCCUGCGCUUGAGCAGCGGCAAGAAGCGAGGCUUGGUGCCGGCGGACAUUUUGCUCGAAAUAUGACGUCAGCUAAUAAUAGUACUGAUAAUUGUGGUCAUAAUAAAUUGACGGAAGAGUCCUCGGGAAUGUUUUCCCACCUCCAAACGCCCUCGCUGACGGGGUAGGGAACAACAGCUUUGCUAGUUUUGUUUUCUUUCCAGCUACUCACAGUGUAGCGCAAUGUGGGAAAUGUAGCGUCAAGGAGAACGAAUGGGAAGACAGGCUACCUCACCGCUAACUCAGAAAAUGCGAUAGGACCACGGGAAGCCUACGAAAGGCUUUGUUACGUGUGUUCAGUCUCGUAUUCAUUAUGUACACAAUAAUAACAAUAGUCAUAGAUGACAUCAUCACUAUCAACAAGAGAAACAUUGAGGCGCUUUUCCGUCAUGAGCUGUGAGCUAAAUCUUAUUUAUGUUAGCAUCUGCUAAAAGGGAUACGUGUAAAUGUCUCUACACCAUUGCACCUCUGCUAGUCUGUAAAUUCAACACUUCCAAUUUGCCUUAUCUGCUGUACUCAUCCUGUAUGUGCCGUCACAUAGUGCGUCUCGGAAUGCCAGCGUUUAAAAAAUAAAAAAAAAAGAUGUAAAAGCAAUAAGUGUAAAUAAAACCUUCAUGCUACUCUGCGACUAAUACAAGCAUUGAUACCACAAUUAUAACAGAGCACCACUUACCGUUUGUGUUUUCAUUGGCACUCUUAUUGCAUCUUAACCACUUUUGUCCAUUAUGAAUCUGGAAGGUAUUCACAGUCAAAAAGACAUUUUCUGUUCGACCCAUUGCAGCAUUCUGAAGCAACACUAUGCACAGCCCAUCGAGUUACUGGCUCUGUUUUGUCUGCACAUGCAUACAAAAAUACACACUUGGGCUCAGGAUCCUUUUUUGACUGGCCAUAUCGCGUAUUUUGCCGUCGCCCAAUAAAAUGCGAUGGAUUCCUUCA